AUGGCCAAUGAACAAAACCCACCCGUUCCAGCCGCGGACUCUGCCUCUGCCGGCGGCUCUGCUGCCAUCGCAGCCAUCCCGGAACCUCGCCACACGAACAAUCUCCACCAAGCUCACCAUUUGGUCUCCAUAAAGCUUUCCUCAGUCAAUUACCUCUUCUGGAAAGCUCAACUCGUCCCUUUUCUCCGAGGCCAAAGCCUUUUUGGCUAUGUCGAUGGAACCAGUGUAUGCCCGCCGGAAUACGUCACCACUGCGACAGAAGCAACCGUCCGGACGGUGAACCUUCUUCUCGUCGUUUGGGUGCAACAGGAUCAAUCGAUCCUUAGCAUGCUUAUUUCAUCGAUGGCGGAUGACGUUCUAUACCUGGCGAUUGGUCAUCUCACGUCUCGUUCUCUAUGGAUGGCCAUCGAAACCGCAUUAGGUUCCACCUCCCGUGCGCGCUCCCUCAGCUUACUUACACAGCUACAGAGCUUGCACCAAGGAGAUGCAUUGCCGGCGGUGUAUCUCGGCAAAGCCCAGGUCUUGGUCGAGCAACUUGCAUAG